CUGAAUAGUUAGAUAAUACUUAUUUUUAAAUUCAUGUAAUGACCAGCAUAUGGGGAAACAAAUGCCAAGUUUAUAGCUAAGUUAGUGGUACGGUUAUAAAGUAGGAAUUUAUUACUGCGCUGAUGAUGUAUUUCAGGUCAACCUGUUGGAAUUUGUUGAAUAUAAAUCUAGUUACCUUGUGGAUCCACUGUCGACAUAACAAGCACACAACACCUCGGGAAGCAUUGCUUGAUCUGAAGUCUGAUUUUAUCAAGUUAGAAGCGAGCAAUGAUUCCUCGUUUGCUCUUAAGAAGGCUUAUAGAAAGGCACCAUGGUAGUUCCCGACGAGCCUUGGGGAUGGGGACAAUGCAUGGCCAACACAGUUACCACAGUGAGUGGAAUAAGAAGCAACAACAACAGUCAAGACAGAAACACCAGGUAUUGGCAACAUUGGGUGGAGUUGGAGCAGGAGUUGCCCUUUGGCUAAGAUAUAACCAUCAAGCAGAUGCAGCAGCACAGCAGUCAUCAGAUGAUGAAAUUUUGGAAAAUUAUGGAGCACCUCGUAAUGAUUUACCUGAGUACACUCUUGACGAUGUGUCCAAGCAUAGCACUAUGGAGGACAGGGUGUGGGUAUCCUACAGACAUGGAGUGUAUGAUAUUACCGACUUCAUUGUCAAGCAUCCAGGUCAAGGGAGUCAAGGGAUUAAGUUGGGGGCAGGCAGCUAUUGGAAAUGCAAAAUGGAGUGGAGCACGUUUGUGUGAUGUUCUCAAGGACUUGGGGAUUGAAGAUGGCAAGACAGAUGCUUUACAUGUACAGUUUGAAGGACUUGAUACUGAUCCUGCCAGCAUGCCCUAUGGAGCUAGCAUUCCAAUUGAAAAAGCAUUAGAUCCCCAUGGAGAUGUAAUUUUGGCAUAUGAAAUGAAUGGAGAACCUAUUCCUCGUGACCAUGGCUACCCAGUCAGAGUCAUUGUGCCUGGAGUGGUUGGAGCUAGAAAUGUGAAAUGGUUAGGAAGAAUUAUAGUUUCUAAAAAUGAGUCUGAUGCACAUUGGCAACAAAAUGAUUACAAAGGAUUUGCACCAAAUGUGGAUUGGGACACUGUAGACUUCAAGAAAUCUCCAGCAAUCCAGGAAUUACCAGUCAUCUCAGCUAUUUGUGAACCCUUGGAAGGAGAAAGUGUCAAAGUGAAGAAUGGCAAAGUAAAAGUUAAAGGGUAUGCCUGGAGUGGUGGUGGCAGAAAGAUUGUUCGAGUUGAUGUUUCAAGCGAUGGAGGAAAGAACUGGCUGGCAGCAAAUGUUCUGGAAUCAGAUGAAGCAAGACAUCCUUGGGCAUGGGGCUGGACCAUAUGGACUGCAGAAGUGCCUGUGCCCAGAACUGAAUUAGAAGCACAGCUGUGUGUCAAGGCUGUGGAUUCCCAAUACAACACUCAACCAGAGAAUUUUGAAAACAUCUGGAAUCUUCGAGGAGUAUUAGCUAAUGCUUAUCAUAGAGUUAAUGUUAAGUUACAGAAAUAAUGAUGUUCUAUAUUGGUGGUAUAUAUAUAUAUAUAUAUAUAUAUAUAUAUAUAUAUAUAUAUAUAUAUAUAUAUAUAUAUAUAUAUAUAUAUAUAUAUAUAUAUAUAUAUAUAUAUAUAUAUAUAUAUAUAUAUAUAUAAGAAAGCGUGGGGAGUUUACAGAACUAGGGGUUGUCACCGGAUGGCAGCACAGUACAUGUCCUGUUCAUUCACACAGGGGUAAUAUAGAAUAUACCCAGUGUCAUUCUAUAAACAUAGAGAAGCAAAGUUGAUAUAAUACAUUUUUCUACAUUAUUCUUCCAAUUAGUAACACAGGCAAAAUCAAACCCUAUUCAUGAACAAAUGUAUAUAAGUUGAUUAUCUAGUGCAUUGGCAUUGAGGCAUAUUUGGUCAUCUCCACAUUUCCAAAGGAGUACACCCUUGAUUGGAAGAGUAUUAAUCCAAAUGACGGUAAACAAGAAGACAAUAUGUCUUUGCCACCUAAAAAGUCAAAGUCACACGGAUCAACUUAUUAGUAUCUGGAAACAACAAUUCUAUUUAAGAAUAGGCAACUUGAGUAUCCUGACAAGAGUUUUUGUUAUACCAACCUGGGCUUGCCACCUGUUUAACUUAAACACAUUGUUGGACAGAUAAUUAAUUCCUGCUGUAAUGUCCAUGCCACUAUACCAUGAGUAGGACAGCUUCACAUAUUCCUCUCUUCUUACUCUACAGUAUGAUAUGCUUGUUCUGUGCUCAACUGUUUUGCCACAUCAAUCUUGAUCUUGACUUGGGCUCGAUGUGAAAGAGAUGCUAAAAUCCCCACGAAAAUAACUAUAUCCAUAUAUCAUGAUGUCACUGAGUAUGUUGGAUCAUACUAUAUAGUACAGUAACUGUUCAUUGUUCAAAUCAAUAGAUUUUAGACUUGUAAUAUGCCAUAUUUAAGACACUGGUAGCAGUAUUACAAGAUAAUCACAAAAAAAUAUUUGUUUUGACUAACAUCUCCCAAAAUUAUCAAGAUAUUUAAAAGGAGAUACAGAAUGUCAACAGUAUCAUAAUAAUCAAGGUUUUAUGCAUCUGUAUGCACGCACCUGGGAUUUAAUACAACCAUAUUUUAGCUCAUGUCAGUAGGGGACAUGUAGCAGUGGUGACAUCUGUUGGGUUAGUUCUGAAAACUCCCCCUUAUUUCUUAGCAUUUUUACAGAGAGAAGGAGAGUGAGAGAGAAAGAAAGAGCCAAGUAGAAAAAGAAAAUAAUUUAUUUACAAAAGUAUUCACAAUGUAAAACAUACAAAAUAAACAACACAUUUGGCUAGAAUUAGCAGACUGCAGACAGAG